CCGGAAGGAAAAUUUGUCCCAAGAUCCCGCUAUAGCAUCUACGGUACAGAAAUUGACUCUGGGCAUCCGCAUCUUCCAUCAAGAUAGCGAGCAACACGAUAGCUACAGCGACGUUUGCAUAAUCCUGUCAUUAUGGGAAACCAACCAUCUUCCGGUGAAGGCCGCACGAGCGGAGGAGGAAGUUUGACGGCUUCAGCACGGCCUCCUCUAAGGAACUUCUUGCGUUCUCAAGGGACCCUAGGGCUGUCGAAAGCCGAAUUGGAUCAGCGGUGUCAACCAAGCGGUCUGUAUCAACGUUGCGACUGGGACGACAAGGCGAUUCGAAGGUUAAUCGGUGAUGGAAAGCUCGCCUCCCGCCAAAAGGGAACCGAAGAACGAGUCGGCACGGGGGAUCAAGAAUGCCCCAUUUGCUUUCUCAAUUAUCGGCAGAAAGAUAAAUCCUCCUCGUGUCCAUUUUGCAACUGCAAUCGCUUGGCUGUCACCGUGGGCAAGAACCUUGACGAGUCAGCCAUUAAGCAGCGCGAAGAGGAAGAGCAAACUAUAAUUGAAGCCCAAAUUCGGGCCAACAUUGCUGCAUCACAGGAUGUGAGUAUUAACAGCAGCCAGCAUACACCGGAAUCCGCCACGGAAACUAGUUUUGGAUCGAACUUGGAAAAGCAUGAUCGGGUGGCUACUAUGCGGGCUCGGUCGUCGAGUAUGUCGUCCGAUCAGAGCGGGGAACCUUUCCGAAUGGGAAACUAUUCCGCUAUCGCCAUGACGGCAGACGAGCGACGGCAACUGGAAGCAGAAAUGCGUGCUCAGAAAUCGCACCCGCUGGCCCUGCGAUUGGAACAAGAGGAAGCGGAACGAAGAUUGGAAAACCAGCGCGAUUACCAGCUUAAUCAGUCGGGACCUUUGGUCCGGAAUCAUAUACCCCGAAACGAUCGCGAUUGGAAUCAGAUUGUCGAAGCUUUUGUGAGCAGUGGCAAUGGAUCAGUUCGAUCCCUGGAUGACUUGGUCGUCUCGGAGGCAGCGAACAUGCUGAGCCGUGAAGAAGCCCGCCGACGGGAACAAGGCGCGGGCGAAGUGAACGACGGAAAUUUGGACGCAGCACAAGACUAUCGAGAAAGGCUUCCAUUAGCACUUGCUCGUAUUGCACGACAGCGUGGUGGUGAUGGAGGAAGUGCGAAUGCAGGCAUUGAUGAACUCAGUACGUAUAUGGAUUCUCUGAUGCAAGCUAUGGGUACUGAAGCACGGAAUGGUUCUUCAAAUUUGGAAUCCGCGUUCCUCAUGAUGCGCGGUCUGUCUGAAGAAGAUCAAAUUGCCAUGGCAAUUGCGGCCAGUUUGGAAGAGCCACAGAACGAAUCUUCGGCGGAAGAUAGUUCCGUCGGUGACGCAGUGACCCCAUCCGAUGCUCGAACAGCGAGUAGCUAAACAGGACCAGUAUCGGUUAUAGACGGAACCGUGCAUGCCUCCACCGCUCAAUCUGCUGCCGCCAUAUUUUUUCUUAUGAAAUCGGGUUGACGCGGGCUUCUCCUUCAUUCCACUCACCGGAACCCAGUUAGAGCGCUGGACUUUUCUUUUUACAACCGUCGAGGCAAAUACUGAGUAUAUUUGCAAUCUUUUUGAGAAUGUUAUGCCGUGUCAAUAUCUGUGGUUCAUUAUUUCCGAACAGAAUGGGCACAUUUGGGAAACGAUGACUUGCUUUUUAAGUGAUGCAAGCUUUUCGUUCGCGCUCAUGAGAGAGACAGUUUUCCAGGAAUGUAGAACAUUUGUAUGCAUCCACCUUCUUCAUAGUACGCCUUUUGUAAUUACUGGCAUUUACACGGCCAACCCUUUCAUUCAAUGUC